AUGGGAAAAUCCAGGAAACGUCACCGUUCUCGUUCGGGAGGAUCUUCAAAGUCCAGAAGUCGUUCACGAUCACAUUCUGUCGAACGUGGGACAUCUAGGUUAUCAAAGAGACAGAUGCAACAGCAGAUUGAAACACUAACAAAAAGUGUACAAGACUUAGUUAAGUCACAACAGACAUUACAGGAUUUAAUAUUAAAACCCGUUGAAUCAAAAAAAGAUGAUGAAAUCACCACUGAAAUGUCAUCAGCCAAUAAGGCACGGGGUACACAGAUACCUCCAGAGGAGGUUGAUGUGACUAAAGAACAGAAUGAUAAUGAGAUCGAUCUCCUAGAGGACGGAGAAGUUCCUGCGGAGGAUUAUGAGCUUGAUGAUGAACUGCGGGAAGUGCUGGGCGAAGAAAUUCCGGUUUCAAACGCUCCAGUUAAGGCGAAUGACAAUCUCAAAAAAUGGUGGGAAGUUUGGAUGUCAAAAGGUAUAAGCGACGAGGUAAGAAAAGCUCUUUUGAAAAAAUACCCUAGAGAUGGAGAACUCAGGACUGAAGCCCCAAAAGUCAAUCUAGAAGUACAACGACACCUCGGUGACAUCGCCAAAAAACGCGAUGAUCACUUUACCGAGACACAAAACUGUGUAGGUGCAGCGAUAGCAUCACUAAGCUCAACUGUCUCACAAUUAUCAGACAGCUCAUCAGAAAAUAUUGAUCUGAUCCAUCUAGUGAAAAAUCUUUGGGACACAGGAAAGAUUUUAUGCGAGGUUUUUCACCAACAAUCGGUAGCCAGAAAAUCUUUCAUCACUCCGACACUUGACAAAGACAUAAAACCAACAUUAGAGGCAAGCAUUUCUGAUGAAUGGCUUUAUGGCCAGAAGUUGAACGAGCAAGUUAAGGAUGCGAAAGCCAUUGUUAAGGCGGCGGCAACCUUAAAACCUCCGGAAAAAUCAGCUUUUAAGAAACUAACUCUUAAAAACUCGUCCCAGGGAAACUUAAGAGGCCCACCUGCAAAAUUCAAGCAGGCAGAGAGCAUAUACGGGAACAUCGAAAUCGUCGCAGAAAUCAAGCAUGGAGAGGAACAAGAAAUAAAGGCGACUACGGGUGAGGAAAGACAAGAGGUAAAGGCCUUAGCAGGCAGGCUUAGUUAUUUUACUGAGCAGUGGGAAAAUAUAUCGAAUGACAAAUUUAUCGUUGAUUGUAUCAGGGGUUAUGAUAUUCCCUUUAAGACCCAACCUUUUCAACUCGUAGAACCUGGAGAACAGACGGGGGCUGGUAGUGAUGAAGUAAGAAUCCAUAGGGCUAUCGAUAAACUGCUACAAAAACAAGCUAUUCAGGCUUGUGCAGCAGUUGAGGAUCAGUUUAUCUCGACAUAUUUUUUAAUUCCUAAAUCAGACGGGUCAGAUCGAUUUAUUAUUAAUUUAAAGAAACUGAAUGAAUUUAUAGAGACGGAGCACUUCAAGAUGGAAGAUUUAAGAUCCGCAAGGAAUCUUAUUGAUAAGGAUGCGUUUAUGGCAAAUUUAGAUUUGGAGGAUGCAUAUCUAUUAGUAAGGGUUAAAAAGUCUAGUAGAAAAUACCUUAGAUUCAGGUUUAAGGGCCAGCUCUAUGAAUUCACAUGUCUUCCAUUUGGGUUGUGCUCCUGUCCCUAUACUUUCACAAAAUUGAUGAAGCCAGUGGUUAAUAGACUUAGAUCUCAAGGUUUCUUAUCGGUCGUAUACCUAGAUGAUUUUUUAUGUAUAGGCAAAGACUACGAAGAAUGUAAAAAUAACGUACAAGAGACUAUAAAAUUAUUAGAAAGUCUAGGUUUUAUCAUUAACUAUAGGAAAAGCUCUACCAUCCCAAGUAAAAGAUGCAAGUAUCUAGGUUUUAUUUUAGACUCCAAAAAAUAUCGUGUAGAAGCUACAAUUGAAAAAAGAAACCAAGUUAAGAGAAUGUUGGAGUCUAUCGCGAGGGACAAGUGCUAUAAAAUAAGAGGUAUCGCUCAAUUGAUUGGGGUGCUAGUAGCGUGUAUACCGGGAGUUGAAUACGGGAGAAUAUAUUGCAAGAGAUUGGAAAGAGCAAAGUGGUUGGCCCUUCUGAUGAACAAUAAUAGUUUUGACGGAUAUAUAACCUUAAAUGAUAAUACUUUAGAAGAUAUUGGUUGGUGGAAAGACAACAUAAGGACAGCAAGCAGUAGAAUAAAGUCCCAUGAGUAUAGAUUAGUGAUAACCUCAGAUGCUUCCGGGACUGGUUGGGGGGCCGAGUCGAAUGGUGUAGUCACACAGGGUUUCUGGAACCUAGAAGAUCGAAAAUUCCAUAUAAAUUACCUAGAACUGUUAGCAGCCUUUUUCGCACUGAAAUGUUUUGCUGGGGAACUACACGGUUGUGAAGUUCUCCUUCGCAUAGAUAAUACGACAGCUAUUGCUUAUAUUAACAAAGCAGGAGGGAUUAAAUAUAUAGUACUUUCAGAAUUAGCUAGGGAAAUUUGGCGAUGGUGUGAGGCUAGAAGAAUCUGGCCGGUAGCAUCGUAUAUUCCUUCGAAACUUAAUGUCGAAGCAGACACGGCAUCCAGAGUGAAAAAUAUGGAUACAGAAUGGGAGUUAUCUCACAAAGCCUUUCAGACAAUCCUGAAUGUCUUCGGUUCACCGUCAAUUGAUCUCUUCGCCUCACGCAUUAAUAAGAAAUGCUUAAGAUUUUGUUCUCGUUAUCCAGACCCAGAAGCAGAAUCGAUAGAUGCAUUUACGAUUUCUUGGAGAAAAGAAUAUUUCUAUGCUUUCCCUCCUUUUGCUUUAAUUUUGCCCACUCUGAGAAAGAUAAUCAACGAUAAAGCAGCAGGAAUCGCAUCCCCUAGCCAGCAAACUUUCACUAGCGGUCGGGAAAUUAUCCGGCAAGCGUUCAUAAUCAGAGGUAUUAAAGAAGAGUCAAUAGAAAUAAUGCUGAGCUCACUGACGGAGUCAACGGUGAAACAGUAUGAAGGAGCCUUGAAGAAAUGGAUGAGCUUCGCACAGGAAAACAACAUUAACGUUUUUGAACCCAAAAAUACCGAUGUUAUAAGUUUUCUUACAGCUCGUUUUAAAGAUGGCGCAAAAUACGGAACUCUCAACAAUAUGAGAGCAGCUAUCUCUCUUAUAUCAAAAAACUACCUUUCAAAAGAUGCGUUAAUAUCAAGAUUCAUCAAGGGAUCGUUCAAACAGAGACCAUCCCGUCCAAAAUACUCAGAGAUCUGGGACACUGAUCAGGUCCUGAGUUAUAUUGAACAGGUGGAAGACCUUAACAAAUUAAAAUUGAGAGAACUGGCGGAGAUUGUAGCAACACUCCUUAUCCUCAUAACCGCACAUAGAAUGCAGACAUUAGCCUUGAUAAAGAUUGAAAAUAUAAAAAGAUCCACUUCCGGAUUAAAUAUUAAGAUUCCAGAUUUAAUAAAGACCUCAAAACCAGGAAAGGAACAACCACUGCUUUCAAUACCUUUCUUUAAAGAGAGACAGAAAGUUUGCGUAGCAUCGGCUAUCCUAUACUAUUUAAAGCGAACUGAAAAACUACGAGGUAGUUCGGACCGGCUGUUCAUUACGACUAUUAAGCCCUACAAGCCAGCAGGGGCUCAAACGAUCGGGCACUGGAUAAAGGCGCUUCUCAAGAAAGCCGGAGUAAAUACCGAGACCUUCAGUGCCUACAGUGCGAAACACGCUGCUGUGUCCAAGGCAUACAACAAAGGUGUAGAUGUCGAUACCAUUAGAAGGACUGCCGGAUGGUCCAGACAAUCUCGUGUAUUUGGAGAUUUUUAUAAUCGACCGAUCCAAGAGGCCGAUGAUGUUUUUGCAAGAUCUUUAACAAAUUAA